CUCUGACCCGGGUAAACGAUCGACCUUCGGCGGACGUCAGGAAUAAUCAGCAAACAUGGCGGCCACAAUGAGAACCGGUGGUUUGCACCACGCGUCCUCGCUGGGAAACAUCGACACAUCGUCGCAGGCGAAAGUAAAUUUAGCAGCGCGCAGUUACGAUUCCGAAGAUGAAAAUAUGGGCAGAAAGAAGGGACGGCCUUUUGAGACGGGGCCUUGCUCGAGGGCCCCCGUCUACUCGAAGGGAGACAUUCGAGAGCAGUACUGCCUGACGGAUCGACAGCUCGACUCGAUAGAGCAACCCCGGCGGGAGCGCUUUUUCGGUUGCUGGUCCGGACGCAAUGCGCCCCAAUCGUUCCUCGGUGUUUGUGUCGGACGACGAGCGCCCUCUGACGAGAACCUCGCUGACUAUGCACCGAUGCAGCGGUACCCAAGGUACAUCAAUUCCGGCCCGAUAGCGAAAUCCAUCCUGCAGCAGUACGAUGACGACAUGGAGAGCUCGUACUUCCGCCGCAAGCCGACCUCUUUUUUAUCGAACAGCGGCGUCGCGUCCGGCGCCACCGGAGGCCACGCCGGGGCGGGAUUAAUUAUCGGAAGCAGCGCAACCUUGCCCGCCGGCGACACCAAGCGCUACGGCGGAUCCUGGCUGCCGGCCGAGGACGAAGCCGUUCGGAUAGAGGGUCCAAGCCUUUAUCGAUGUCCAGCGCAUAACGAUCUGCUACCACCACCGCCACCACCACCAUCCGUAGGCCUUAUCGAUGGCAUCCCGGGCGGACCACCCAGAACGAAGCAUGUCAGCUUCGCGCGGUCCUACACGCUCACCUCAUUCGACGAGGCGAUGGGCAGCCGACCCCUGUCACGGCUGGCAGCGGCCCGCAGCCAGGAAAGACUGAUAGGCGGAAAGAAACCCACCAUCACGCUGGCCCACCACACGACGACUCCGUAUGUGGGCGCACCUUUGCAUUCGAUUCUCACGCAACCCACCGCUCAGCAACCUUUGAUGCCGCAAGCGCUCCAGAAGCAACCAUUGUCCGUGUCACAAAACCCGAGCCACAACCCACCUCAACAGGUACAGCAACCUGUGACGCAGCAGGCACAACCUCAACCACAACACCAGCAUGUGCUGAUUCAACAGCAACCAGCACCGCACAUGCAUCAACACCUGCACCAGCAGCAUCUGCAACACUUGCAUCAGCAACACCAGCAGGCGGCUCUGCUCGCUCAUCAAGCACACCUUCAACAUCAACACCAUCAACAUCAACAGCAACAGCACCAACAGCAACAACACCAGCAACACCAGGCAGCCCAGCUUGCGGCGGCACAACAGCAACAGCUCCAACACCAGCAGGACAUGGUUAUGCUCGAGAAGGUCAAAAGAAGUGCGAUGAAAACGCAAGCAACCCAGACUGAGGUAUAUUUGGCGAAGAAAGCGACGGCGCCUCACAACCUAUCGCUCAGUCCAAGGACGAUUCAUCGGGUAAAAAUGGUGUCUCAAGGCGCCCAAACGAAUGGCGGCCUCAACGGUGGAGGUGGUCGCAAGCUGACCAAAAGCCUUUCCGAAGCUGGUGACCGGAUACAGGAGAACGGAAUCGAUCCUGCGAGCCUUCAACCACCCGAAACUGGAACUGGGUCAGGCGUGGGCUUCGAUCACGAGCUGCUACACCGCACGCAAUCAGAAGAGCCACCGAAAUCGCCCUUCACCAUCAUAUCACCACCCGCCAACGCACACGUACCGUCGUCCCAUUUCGAACUGCCGCCAUCGCGCACACCCUCACAGCUAAGCCACUCGGACGGAACGCGCCAAACGCACUCGCGCAAUCACUCGCAGGAUAGUGCAACCUCGUACAGGUCCACGGAUGGUUCACGCACGUCUUACGAAACCGCGUCUUAUCCGUACGAUGCGUAUGAUGCGAUCGUGUUGCCACGUCGAGCGAGUCAUGCCACUGAACCGACGUUUCAGUUCCUACGCAAGCAGGAUCUCGAACAGGUGCAUCAUCAUCAUCCGUCACAGGUGUCACCGAUGCAAGUGCAACCGCAAUACACGCACGGCUACGAGAAUGGGUACGUCCCGUUCGAGACGCAUAGUUUGCCGAGGCGCGCUUGCAUUCAUCACAAGCCGGAAGAGUUCCAUACGCACACGCUACCACGGAGGGAUCACGGUCAUGGUCAUCAUCACCACGAGCUGGUGUAUCGAGAUCGAGAUCAGUCACAUCCGGUGUUGCCAGCACCCGAGCAACUCAUCCUAUCGAAUGGUAGCGUUAAUCGCGAUGUUCGUUCUUUCGACAGCCCGUCGGCACCUUCGACGGCCACUCUUGGCAGGCGUAUGUCAGCUCACGCCAUCGUAUUGCCACCUGAAAAGCACCAACAGCACUCUGGCGGUUUACCGCUAGUGCAAGGACUUCAUCAACAGCAGCAACAGCAACAACAGCAGCAACAACAGCGACGAGCGUCGUACGCGUUCGUGACGCCCGAUACUCACGCACUGGCGAAACGCAACUCGGUGCCUCACCAACAGGUGCAGAAGGUGCAGCCUAUCAUGCAGGCUGCAAAGUCGCAACCCUUCCAGCCACUGGUGAAACCCCAACCACCGGUUUUGCCUACGCAACACUACGUUUCACACACGGCACCACCAUCAUGCCCAGUUACGCCACCCACGAUCCAACAGUUGGACAUGCAGGACGAUACGAAAUCGUCCUCGGAGGGUAGCUGCUCGACGUGUGAGUCUGAGAGUGAGCCUGAGCUUGAUCGGGAUGGGUUGCCUGAGGAGCGUGAGAUCUUCAUCGAUUUUAAACCACGCGUAUCGCCGGUACCAUCACCAGGUGCGGUUAAGCGCAAAAAGCUGCAGAAAGCUCAAUCUGAGGGUGAACUGAUGCAUCGAGCAGCGGACGAGGACGAAGCCAGUUCGAGUGGGCAGAGUGCGAGUGAUGAAGGAGGCUCUGAACAUCUGGUCCAGGAGCUACCUAAACCGGAUCAUCACGACGCGAGCGAAAGUUCCGUACCGGACGAUGAACCGGCGCCAUCACCGGCAGUCGAUCGUCGGAAGGAGUGCUUCCGGAAGCGAUCGGUGAGUCUUGAUCAACAGACGAGCUGUGAGCGUGAGGAUGAACACCAGCAGGAUCGGGAGACUGGAAGGCCACGUCAAUUGCUACCAGAGGAAGAUCCUGAGCCUGAUCGAAGGGCGUCCGGUAGAGCUAGAGGACAGGGUAGAGGUCCUUCCACCAGCGUGGGAGGAUCAGCGCGCCAUCUAUCGGCGCCACCAUCGCCACUAAAGGAGGAUCGCUGCCUUGCGGCUGCUGUAGCUUUGCAAUCGCCGUUCCAGUCAUCGGAUUCGCUUGCUAAUGACGUGACGCGUGAUACUUCUGACGGAAAUUGGAACGAAUCGCAGGCAACGAUCAUGACCACGAGCCUUACGGAUAAUGGAAAACUAACACCAUCGUCAAAGAGGAAAAACCUGCUUCUGCAGCACCAGCAACGCAGCUCGAUGGAUACAGACGUUCUCGACAUGGAGGACAUUGCCGAUCAGCCGUUGCCACCGCUACCUAUCACCGUGGCCCUUACCACCGUGCAAACGAGCGCCGUUACGACCCCGAGCGCGGGCAUCCAGCAACCGAAUGGGACAGCGGUCCAGCCGGUGAUGACCGGCGUUGGCAUCGUGAAACCCAGCACACCGUCGAUCGCCGUCAUUCCUUCGCUCAGCAUAGAGCGCGAGGAGCGUGACCUGCAGUGGCAAAAGUCGGCCACUCUUCGGCGACCUUCGCGGCCCCUUUCACCGUCGAAACGAGCGGGUCGUUCCGAGCAGCAGUCGAAGCAGCAGAAACUGCACAAAAUCGAGCCCUUAAUCCAUCGCCCUUCGGACGUAAGCGAACGCUCCGUAAAGCCCGACCACAGCCCAAUCUCACCGAAAGCCCCGGCAAGCGGAAGUCCUUCGACACCCCAGCAUCCAACCAAAGCGAUCCAUCAUCAUCCGAUCGCGGUUACCGGCACCACGAGCACCGUACCAUCUCCGGCCGCCAACACCACACCGGUUGUGCCACGAUUUGUCGGCAAAGGAUCGCCCGGAAACGGGGUCGAUCUGCUCAAGGAUCACCCGGUGCUGAGCCAAGAGGCGACCGGAGCUGGCCCAGGAUCCGAGGGCAGCACGACCGAGGACUACGUCACGUGCACCGAGAACUCGAAGCGAGGUGCUUCCGGAGUCAAAGGCACCACCCAAGACGGGUCGUCCUUCGAGAGCGCAUCCUCCAUCUACAGCCUGGCGCGUGUCGAUGCCGUGUGUGAAGAAACACCCCCGAUCGAGGAGCAGGAGUGUGUGCCAUCUCAACUUCCACCGCCUCCGAUUCCAAAACCUUCUCCGACGCAUUCCGUCAGCAGUAGUUCGAGUGAUAGUUUCUCCGUUAGCAAGAAAAGCUCACCAUCGCGACCCGCUAUUCCAAAGGCGAUCGUGGGAAAGCUCAAAUCCAGCGCUAAACCACCAUCGCUGUCGGAUGACGAACGCAGUGAAAAACGCUACUCGUCCUCGCACGAUGAAAAGGACGCUACUCCGAAGGGCUCGUAUGCAACCUUAUCAGGCUCAUCCACGACCGGAACGAUCGCUCGCAGUGGUCGGCGUGGUGUGCGUGACUGGAACGAGGAAGAACGUCGUAGGAAAAAGAGCACCUUCAAGCUCGAGUUCGACAAGGACUCGAUCAAGACGUACACAACGCCGAUGCUGCGUCAACCGAGUCCUGGCUUCAAGAAGCUAUCGCCGGAGGACAAAAGCGCCCUCAACGUCCUUGACGGGGCGAGUCCUAGUAGCAAGCAGAAGCGUUUCCGCCCGAAAACACGCAAGAGUCCGCGAGCUCGCAGUGCAGUCGCUGAGGAGUCGGGUCCUUCUGGUAUGGGAACGUUGCCUCGUCGCAGCAAAACUCCACUCGUCCGAUCACCCGAGAAGCCCGCGAUGGCGACGGUCACAACGGCGGUAGUGCCAGCUACGCCACAACCUACGAUAGUCGCACCAACGACUAGCAAACUCAGCCCACCACAGUACUACUCGCAACUGCGCAGUUCGCCCUCUGCCGGAUCACCACGGAAGCAGAAGAUCUCACCGGAAAAGCGCCUGCAAGCGAUCUCGACUGAGUCGCUCCGUUCGGUAUCACCAGGGUCGGAUUCGGUGUUCUACAGUGAGGCGGAUGCUUUGUCUCACUGCGAGCAGCAGGUCCACUGCACGCACUGUGGCAAAGAAGUCGAGGUGACAAACCUACCGGGUGAGUCUGGGGAGUCGAUCCUGACGCUCGAUUCGACGGAUGGUGAUCGGCCGGACAUUGUGCAGCCACCGGAGGGGUUCGCUGAUUCGCCAGACUGCACCAAAACGCCCCAUCACACGCGGCUGUACAAGAAGAUGGAUAAGCGCUUUCGCUCCGAGGACCGGCAUGUAGAUCGGCGGCACUUCAAGAGCCGGCAGGAGUACCGCGCCAAGAGCGAGGAGCGUGGCAAGGAGGAAUCGGAGCCGAAUAAUCUUCGCCCAGCCGGGUCAUCACCCUGCGUGGCACCAGCAACAUCAGGCUACAUCGAUACCACAUCCGAGCCCGAGCAGGGCGUGUACCACGGCAACUAUCGGGCUGGUUUGUGGAUCUGCAUCGCCGAUCGGGACGUGUGGCGUCGACACGAGCUUCCCGACGGGAGCUUCGACCGGCCCAAAGACUCCACCCUCGAACGGCGAGGAUCCACCGACUCCGAACGGGACUUCCGGAAAAAGUAUCAAGCCAUCACGCACCGGCUGGUACACCGGAAAUCGUGCGUCGAAAUGUACCGGCGCCAGAAUAGCAACAGUUUUGACACCGACAAAACGGUGGUCGUGUGCCGGAAAUCCGGUGAGUUUGGGUUCCGCAUACACGGCUCGAAACCGGUCGUGGUGUCCGCCAUCGAGCCGGACACACCGGCUGAAACGUCCGGCCUAGAGGUAGGUGAUAUUGUACUGUCGGUCAACGGGAUAUCGGUGAUCGACAAGAGUCACUCGGAGGUUGUGAAAAUUGCCCACGCGGGCAGCGAUACGCUAGAGCUGGAGGUUGCUCGCACUAUUGGCGUCCUUUCGCCGCUGGAGGAUGCUUCCUCGCAUCCCUCAAUCUACACCGGGUUCCUGUGGCGGUACUGCGCUAGUGGUGGAAAAUGGGUCCGUCGGUGGUUCUCGCUUCGGUCGGAUCAUUGCCUUUACUACUACAGAUCAGAUACGGAUAACCAACCGAUCGGGGCGAUCAUGCUGACGAACCACACGAUCGAGCGCAUUCCACUUGAUCCGAUCACGCGUCCGUUCAGCUUCGCCAUCGAUACAGAAGAAGGUACCAAAGUGCAGCUUUCGGCAGACACCGAUGAGGCGGCCAAUCGAUGGAUCGCAAUCAUCAGCCACGCAGCGCAACAGUGUGAUCCUUGGCUGGAAAAUAGCGCUCGGAACUUGCGUGUUCCACCAUCGGGCAUCUGCAAACCGGACUGCAUUGGAUCGCUGACAAAGUUGGGCAGCAAAUGGCGCUCGUGGACCAAGCGGUAUUGCGUUCUAAAGGAUGCAGUUCUUUACUUCUACCACGAUGGCUCGAGUAAGAGCGCUCUCGGAAUGGCCUGCUUGCAGGGAUAUCGUGUGCAGCCAUCGUCGGCUGGUGGGAAGAAGUAUGCCUUCGAAAUCGUUCCACCGGAGCUGAGCCUCAGGCACUACUACUUCCACACCGAAACCGAAAUGGAUAAGAAGCGCUGGGUAGCCGCCCUGGAAUACUCGAUAGACCGGUGGAUGAGGGCCGGCUGA